ACCAAAAAGUUAAAACUAAUGAUUUGGCGGAGGCUUAUCAACAAAUUCUAGUUAAUAAUUUGCGUAAAAUGGAAGUUGAAAGCAUUAUUAAUUCCCGUUUGCUAGAUUUUGAUUUAAAAAAAUUAAGUCAAGUUUUA